CUGCCGCCAGCAUGGGCUGCGCCCCGAGCAUCCACAUUUCCGAGAGCCGUGGGGUGUAUCCCGGCGGCAAGGAGGCCGAGGACGUGCCGGGCCCCGCGGCGCCGCCGCUCCCGCCCGGCGGGCCGAGCCUCCCACCCGGCCAGAAGACGGCCGCCUCGACCCGGGACCCCGGCUCCAGCCUCGCAGAGUCCGAGCCUCGCGGAGGCAGCGGCAGCAAGGUAGCAGUAGCUGAUGUGCAGUUUGGCCCCAUGAGAUUUCAUCCAGAUCAACUCCAGGUACUUUUAGUGUUUACCAAAGAAGAUAACCAGUGUAAUGGAUUCUGCAGGGCGUGUGAAAAAGCAGGGUUUAUGUGUACAGUUACCAAGGAGGCUCAGACUGCCCUCGCCUGUUUCUUGGACAAACACCAUGACAUCAUCAUUAUAGACCACAGAAAUUCCCGACAUCUGGAUGCUGAGGCGCUGUGCAGGUCUAUCAGAUCAUCAAAACUCUCAGAAAACACAGUUAUUAUUGGUGUAGUACGCAGAGUGGAUAGAGAAGAGUCAUGUGUAAUGUCCCUCAUUGCUGCUGGCUUCACAAGGAGGUAUAUAGAAAACCCCAGCCCCAUGGCCUGUUACAAUGAACUGCUCCAGCUGGAAUUUGGAGAGGUGCGCUCACAGCUGAAACUCAGGGCUUGUAAUUCAAUGUUCGCUGCAUUAGAGAGAAGUCAAGAAGCAAUUGAGAUUACAAGUGAAGACCACAUUAUCCAGUAUGCAAAUCCAGCGUUCGAAACAACAAUGGGCUAUCAGUCAGGUGAAUUAAUAGGGAAGGAAAUAGCAGAAGUGCCUAUAAAUGAAAAAAAGGCUGAUUUGCUCGAUACUAUAAAUUCAUGCAAGGAAUGGCAAGGAAUUUACUCUGUCAGGAAGAAAAAUGGAGAUAACAUACAACAAAAUGUGAAGAUAAUACCUGUCAUUGGACAGGGAGGAAAAAUUAGACACUAUGUGUCCAUUAUCAGAGUGUGCAAUGGCAACAAUAAGGCGGAGAAGAUAGCUGAAUGUGUUCAGACCGACAGUUAUGCAGAUAAUCAGUCAGGCAAACAUAAAGACAGGAGAAAAAGCUCCCUAGAUGUCAAAACUGUUGCCUCUCGAACAAAUGAAGUUUCCAGCCAGAGACGACACUCUUCAAUGGCCCGGAUCCAUUCCAUGACGAUCGAGGCGCCCAUCACCAAGGUCAUCAAUAUCAUCAAUGCUGCCCAGGAAAGCAGUCCCAUGCCUGUGACAGAAGCCUUAGACCGUGUGCUGGAAAUUCUAAGAACCACUGAGUUAUAUUCGCCACAGUUCGGUGCUAAGGACGAUGAUCCUCAUGCCAACGACCUCGUUGGGGGCCUGGUGUCUGAUGGUUUGCGAAGAUUAUCCGGAAAUGAGUAUGUUCUUUCAACAAAAAACCUUCAGCAGGCUGCCAGCAGCAGCAUCGUCCCCAUCUCCCUUCAUGAUGUCCCGUCACAGAUAACUCGGGCCAUGGAAAAGGAGGAGUACUGGGACUUCAAUAUUUUUGAAUUGGAGGCUGCCACUCAUAAAAGGCCUUUGAUUUACCUUGGUCUCAAAGUGUUUGCUCGCUUCGGAGUCUGUGAAUUCUUAAAGUGCCCUGAGGCGACGCUGAGAUCCUGGUUACAGGUGAUCGAAGCCAGUUACCACGCUUCCAACCCCUACCACAACUCCACGCACUCUGCCGACGUGCUGCACGCCACUGCCUACUUUCUGUGCAGAGAGAGGGCCAAGCAAACUUUAGACCCACUUGAUGAAGUCGGUGCCCUCAUCGCAGCCACUAUCCACGAUGUGGACCACCCCGGGAGGACCAACUCCUUCCUGUGCAAUGCCGGCAGCGAGCUGGCCAUUCUCUACAACGACAUGGCUGUGCUGGAGCACCACCAUGCGGCCUUGGCUUUCCAGCUGACCACUGGCGAUGACAAAUGCAACAUCUUUAAAAACAUGGAACGGAACGACUACCAGACGCUGCGCCAGGGUAUCAUCGACAUGGUGUUAGCCACAGAAAUGACAAAGCACUUUGAGCACGUCAACAAAUUUGUCAACAUCAUCAACAAGCCCUUGGCAGCAUUAGAAGAGGAUGAGGAAACUGAUAAAGAUCAAGAAGCCAUAAACACCAUGCUCAGGACUCCAGAGAACCGGACUCUGAUCAAAAGGAUGCUGAUCAAGUGUGCUGACGUGUCCAACCCCUGCCGGCCCCUGGAGCAGUGCAUCGAGUGGGCUGCACGCAUCUCAGAAGAGUAUUUCUCUCAGACAGACGAAGAGAAGCAACGGGACUUGCCUGUGGUGAUGCCGGUUUUUGACAGAAAUACCUGCAGCAUCCCCAAAUCCCAGAUCUCUUUCAUCGACUACUUCAUCACAGACAUGUUUGAUGCCUGGGACGCCUUUGUAGACCUGCCCGAGUUAAUGCAGCAUCUCGACAACAACUUUAAAUACUGGAAAGGACUGGACGACAUGAAGCUGCGGAGCCUGCGCCCGCCUCCCGAGUAGCGGGGUACCCCUGUGGUCACCGGGGAUGCCUGAGGGCGGCCAGAGUUCUUUUCAGUAUUAGCCGAUCAGCCCCCUGAUGCACAGAGCCAGCGAGAGCACCCCUAGAUGCGGUCACCUUCCCUAACCACCACCUGAUGCCAUUGCCGUAGAGUGAGGCUUCCUCCUCUCACUGUGCCAGCCUGCUGCCGGGGCUGCGUGGAGAGUCUCAGAGAACACGGCUUGCAUCAGCAUCUGUCUGUCCAAACCCGAGCUCGGGAGGCCCAGCCAAGGACGCUGACGGAGUUUCUGCUGAUGACAGAGAAUUUCUUGCAGUUUCUCUCAAUUACAUUCAGCGCUUAAGAAGAGCUAAUGGCAAUCGGAUCUUUUCCACAUCAUAGAAGGUGCAAUCAUUCACUUUGGAACACUACUGAAAGUGACUUCUCUUUUAAAAUUAAAUGGCAAAUGAAAAAGACAAAGAAAUUCUGAAGUUGAUUAUUAAUAUCAAUUAUUAAAAUGUUUUAUUUAUUUUAUUAGAAGUUCACUAUUUUCUAUGAAUUUAAAAACACUUCAAAGCCAAAGCCAACUUUA